GGGCACUACUGGGGGAAAGAAGGGGCCUCCCCUUCUUUGGAAGGCAUAAAAUCACAGUUUGUUUCAAUAAACGAUUUCAGUACUCUCAAGUGCUGGGGUCCGUGCCUUCAGUAUACCACAAACGCUGCCCGAUUUGGGUUUUUUUCAGGAAUGAAUAGAGACAUGAAGAAUGGAAAAGAAAUUGAAGAAUGAUCAUUCUUGGUGGUAUACUCCCGAGCUGGACGGAGGGAAGGACAUAUUGAGUACUCAUUAAAGUUUUUCAUCACCGAUCGCUGGACCACACAGUUCCUGUGUUUCCUCCAAACUACAUUCAUCGGUGUCUCGCCAGAUGUCCCCAUCCCACCCCUCAAGAUCUACACUUAUCAUUGACUUUUGGAUCUGGACAAUUACUGGGUUUUUUUUUUUUUUGCUCACACCAACAUAAUUCCAAUGUUUUCUUCCAGUAACUGUAUUCACUCUCUUUUGUGUAAAAAUUCCUUCCUUAAACAAUCAAUUUCUAUAAAUUAUCUUUCUCCACUAUUCCAAAGUGAUCUAGCAACUGAAUCAAACAGGCACCUAAGAUGGGGCACACGUUCCCUUUACCUUGGCCAGCCCAAAAACUUCUGUGGCUCUGUUCCAACUUCCCCACAACGGCCAUCAGAUCAAUCCGUUUCACCUUCACCCACUGUACGUCUAGGGGAGAAGGGACACAACUGUGCCUCCAUAAUAGCUCCACUCUCAGGAUCCUGCUGACUACGUCAAUUAAAAUGUCGUGGAGGCUCUCAAGAUAAACAGACAACAAUUAAAUUUAUGUUAAUACAAUCAAUUGGCACUCUGGCAAUCGUUCACAGAGGGCAGAUCUGAGUGUCAGGGAGAGGAAAAGCUAUUGCUGCACAAACUCCUGGGAUUUAACGACAAUCCAAAGCGCUUGGUCACUCACCUAAAAAGCGAGGGCUCUCAACCGUGGGGAAUUUCUUCGGGUGGCAUCCCGACCCAAGGGGGGAACCUCAAGGAGUUUCCUUGGGCAGCGUCCCGACCCAAGGGGACGGUCCUCGACCUCAGCUGUGCUGCUCCAGGGAGGACUAGCUCAAAAUGGCUCCCCCCGGGGGCUCCGUUUCUACCCUCGACAAAUCUGAUCUGCGGUCAAUAAUCAGCCCUUAUUGGCUGAGGGCCCCAAUUCCCAUAAAGCCCUGAGAACAAGGGCACCAAAAAAAAAAAAAAAAAAUCAAUGGCCACUAUAUUUCAGCAGCCAGGAAGCCCCAUUUCCAGCAGGUGGGUGCACCUGCCACACAUGGUUUCCUUUUGCAUGUCAAAUAAUUUAAGAGAAUUUUUGCCUGUUUUAUCGAUUGACUUUGCUCUGUGAGGACCCUGACAGAAAGUAUUCCCUUCAAUUACACAUGAAGAAGAAAUGGAAAAGUGAAAACUUCAUCUUUGCCCUAAAACCAAAGGGACCCAUUAGCCCUGGUUAGUGCCUGGUUAGUGCCAAAGGGGGCCCCAGCCUGGAAGAUGACUCCGGGAGGGCAUCUUGCACUUGUCUCGAGACUGAAAUCCCUCGCUCCAUCAGCAUCAUCCUGAGCUGUUGGUAACAGCACCCGAGGAGGUCAGAAAUCCCUUGCCUGCGGUUUCCUCCUCUUCGGGGGGACUGGGAGCUCCUCGCUGCCCCUGUGACAGUGCCUGGAAAGCAGGGCAGAGCUGUGGGCUCAGCCCCGGGUGGGACUGUGUCCCAGCCCUUGGACGGAGCUGCCCGAGGGGACGUGUUCCCCUCUCCGGGAGGGCAGCUCCCCCGCCUGCGCUCCAGCGGCUCUCCACGAGCACCCUGAGAGACGUCCCCACGCAGCCUCGGCCCGGCUGUGAGGUCACAGUGGGGCUGUGAGGUCACAGAGCCCUGUCAUGUCACGACAGCCAUAAAUAUGGAUCGCUCAGCCCCCGGAGCCCACUGCAGCACCAGCAGCGGCAGCAGCAAAAGCACCGGCAGCAGCAGCAGCAGCACCGGCAGCAUCACCAGCAGCAGCAGCAGCACGGUGCAAGCACAGGGCCAUGGCCCCCACCCACCACCUCCUCCUCAUCCUCCUGCUCCUGGUGGCCCUGCAUGCCAGGGCUGCCAGGACAGCUCCGUGGAAAGCGUGGGGAACAGAUGAGGCUGGUGGCAAUGGUUACAAGGCUUCUCAACUCAAUGGUGACUGGGAAUCUUUGGGCCAUCCUGGAGCCGUGCCUGUAGGCGCAGGUGAUGCAGCUUGGCAGCUGGGUUCUAGGACGGCGACUGCGGGAGAUGGCACGGAUGUUCCUGACGGGAGGACUUUUCCAGCUCCUCAGUUGGAUCCGGCGCAAGAGUCUGGCUGGCAUCCCACGGGUCCUCCAAGAGCGAAGUACCCGGCUGAAGGAGGAGAAAAUUCCCGGGAGGCCUCAGAAGUGAUGAAACACGUACUGGAGGAGCUGGAGAGAACACAGGAGACAGACCCAGAGGCUGUGCAGGAGUCGGCGUUUCCAGGAGGAAGCAGUGGCUCACGGCUCGCCUCUGCCUCAGCAAGGGAGGCGAUGCAAGCCCCCCGCAUGCCAGUGCUGUCAAGGUUUGGGGAACAUCACCGAAGCAAAGUGUAUGAAUUUCAUCCAACAGACUCAGGUGCGGUUGGCAAGAAAAGGCCGAGUAUGUCCCGUCCCCACAAUAUUGCCAGUGUUCUCUGUCCCCAAGAUGUGCGGAAGGGCUGCAUGAUCGGCACAGUGGUAAUCGUGAUUUUCGUGCCACUUGCACUGCUGCUGUGCUACGUCAUCGUCCAGCAGAGGAGUAAGAGCAAAGAUCAUGCCUACGCUGCUUGGGUACAGCGGCUGGAAACCGGCAGGUGACCCUUGCAUCUGGUCAGCCCGACCAGCCACCCCGGCAUCCCUGACAGCUGGACCCAACAUCAGGAGCCGCAGCCCCUGCCUGAAACGCCGGCAUGUCCACCCUCCCCAUGGCCCCCAGUGCCUCUUGUUCCCCCAGCCCAUCCCCGAAUGCCCUGAUGCGGCAGAACCUGCCCAGCACGCCGAGGCCCCAUCUGAAAAAGCACCCCUAACUCCCGAGCCCGCUGGUCCGGCCCUCUGCCAAGGGCAGGAGGCGGCCCCGCCAUGGUAUCGGUUGAGGGUGGGGAGACAGAUCCCCCCAGCCACAGCUUCAGGGGGCAGCCCUUUCACCCCCCAUGAAGAGAGAGAGGCUACUCUUUUAG